AUGGACGAAAAGGCGGUGCUCAAAAAGAGAGGCUAUAUCGUGGGUGUCACGCUGGGGGAAGGCUCGUAUGGCAAGGUGAAAGCAGCCUACUGUGAAAGAUUGGAAAGCAAAGUGGCAAUAAAGAUUAUCAACAAGAAGAAAACUCCUCAGGAUUUCUUGGAAAAGUUUCUGCCCAGGGAAAUAGCUGCUUUGAAAUGUAUGGACCAUCCCUCAAUAGUCAAAACUUAUGAGAUAUUUGAGACCAAUGUUGGCAAAGUGUACAUUGUGAUGGAGCUGGGGGAAAGGGGAGACCUCCUCGACUACCUCAAGAGCCAUGGAGCCAUGAAAGAGGACAUCGCCAAGAGAAAGUUUCUGCAGUUGGCGUCCACCGUCAAGUAUUGCCAUGACAUGGAUCUUGCUCACAGGGACCUGAAAUGUGAGAACAUCCUUCUUGAUAAAGACCUCAACAUCAAGCUGUCAGACUUUGGCUUUUCCAAAACCUUAACUCGGGAUGAAAAUGGGCAAAUUGUGCUCAGUAAAACGUUCUGUGGGUCUACCAUAUAUGCAGCCCCUGAGUUGCUACAAGGCAUUCCUUCUAACUCCAAGAUUUGUGACAUAUGGAGCUUGGGAGUCAUCUUAUAUAUCAUGGUCUGUGCAUUAAUACCAUUUGAUGAUUCUAACAUCAGAAAAAUGGUCAUAAUUCAGAAACAACACAGGAUUCACUUCCCCAGGUCUAGAAAUCUAACUACGCUGUGCAUGGAUCUCAUUUACCGCAUGCUGCAUCCAAAAGUGUCGAAGAGGUUGAACAUAGAUCAAGUUUUAAGCCAUCCUUGGUUGCAGACUCUAGAAGCCCCAGUUCAUUCCUCUGUGGACACUGAUGAGGGUGAGGAUUCCCAGAAUGUGUCUGCGCACAAGGGGCAAACAGACCCAUCUCCUACGGCUUGCAACCUAGAGGAGGAUGAGUCUUCUACCCCGGAGACAGUCAUUGCAGUUUUGAAUGCUGCCAGCAUUAUGUCCACUGCAGAGGGAGAUGCACCAGGCACUUUGACAGAUGUCACUGGAAGAGCAACUCUUUAA